AAUAUCAUUAGUUUUCCAACUGAACUGAACCAAGAUGAAGUUGCUUAGUGUGGCUAUCGCUCUGUCAUCCUUACUGGCGAUCAGCAGUUCAAAACUGGUGAUUUGCCAAUACAAUUGCUGGGCACCGUUCAGGACGGAUCCAGGCAAUUUCACCGCCUCGAUGAUCGACCCUAAGCUCUGCACCCACGGCGUAUACGAAUUCGCAGCUUACAACCCUGAAACUGACGUGAUCAGCCACUCCAAUACGCACGACCUCGAUUCGGAAGACGGCAAGCCUGGAGGAUAUAGGCAAAUGGUCGAAUUGAAACUUCAAAAUCCCGAUUUUGUGCCAAUGCUUGGCAUCGGCGGCGCUGGAGCCGGAUCAAGAGCUUUUUCAGCCAUGGCCGCUGACCCUGCAAGGCGAGCAGCUUUUACGCAGAACGUGAUAGACUAUUUGAAAAAAUUUAACUUUGAAGGUCUAGAAUUCGACUGGGUGUCGCCCAAUUAUUUGGAAGACAUGCUGAACUUUGGAACCCUUCUCACUGAGAUGAGACUCAGAUUCGACCAGGAGGGAUUAGUUUUGAGUGCCAGUCUGCGUGCUGUUCCUUACGUGAAUACUGGCUUAUCAGUCGUGUCUGAUGCUGUCCAUUUUGUGGUGUUGAUGACCUACGACUACAACGGCCCAUGGUGGUUGGUGACCGCCAAUUCCGCGCCUCUCUUUGGCUCAUACAAUUAUUGCGUGAAUCACUCUGUAUUUGAGCAUAUUAAAUAUGGCGUGGACCAGGCAAAAAUCGUAGUGAGCGUUCCAGCCUACGGAAGGUCCUACACCCUCGCCAAUCCAGCGAGCAACAGUCUCGGAUCGGUUGCAUCUGCGCCCGGUGCCGCUGGUCCAUACACCAGGAUUUCCGGAUGGCUGAGUUUUAAUGAACUCUCCGAAGACAUCGCAAAUUGGGUUACAGUCCGCGACCCUAUCGCCCUAGUGCCGUACUCGUACAAAGGAGACCAGUGGGUGUCGCACGACGAUGAAAUCUCCACGAAAGCCAAGGUGGAGUACGUGAAUAACCAAAAUUUGGCCGGCGUCGCUGUGUGGUCGGUUGAUGAGGACAAUUUUUUCCAAGGCUUCACUCUGCUCAAGACCAUCAAUCAGUGGCUCAACUGACGCUCCAAACCGUAUUAUUAAUAGAUUAGCAAAGCAUUCGUUAACAUAUUAAAACUAUUUUUGUAAUGAAAGUGAUAAAUUAGUGAAAUAAAUUUAAUUGCUGUAAAUA